AAAUAAUAUAUUUACAUAAAUAUUAAAAAGAACUAAAUUCACGGUCAAUGGCCCAUCGGCUUCUGAAUACGCUCACCAAGAAGCAUGUGGUGGGGAUUGUUUUGCUUAUAACAGCGGUGAUCUGCAUACUGAAUGCAGCAGUGUUUGGCCACGUGUUGCCCACUUCAUCGAGCUUUGAGCAGCUGGUGCGGCAGUCCAUCAGCGCGAGCACCGGCUACACUUGCAUCCUCUACGGACUGAGUCCUUGGCUAUUUAAUUCGCACUUUGCGGUGCCCAGGCGGCACAUACGCUAUGUGCUCAUUUCCAUGCUCAUCUUCCUGAUUCUGGCCAAUAUCAUUGCGCUCUCGACGGUGAUCAAGACGCAGUACAUGGUAGCCGGAGAGGAGUCGGUCAACAUCCUAGACCUAUAUACACCCUUCGAACUCAAGUGUCGCAUGAUAACACUGGUGUCUUUUGUGUUAACAAUUGUAUUGCUAACAGUCGCCUUGGUUUUAGUGAUGCUGAUCGCUCUUGCAAUCAAUAACUUGCCCGAUUUUACCCAAGAGCCCAGCAAAGUAUCCCUACCGUAGAAUGGGCGCCUAUUACAAAUUGAUUGUUAAGCAUAUACAUAUAUAUGUAUAAGUAUUUUCAUAUCGUUUGAGCAUAAAAAAGACUG